AUGCGUGGUGCAGAAUGUCAAAUAUACCAUCACCUUGUGCAAUGUAAGCUUAACCUUUACUUAAAGCCCAAUUCUAAGAGGAGUGGCAUUCCAAGGAAGAGACUGAAAGUCAACAAAAAGCUACUGAAAGACGGCUUUCCGGUAAACUUUCAAGAAGAUCAUCCUAUUGUUCCCUCACCUGAAACGCUUUGUCAACGUAUUACAAAUAGUAUCCUGCAGUCCUCUGAAGAAUCCUCAGG